UCAGAAAUUAGAAAAAUAAUUAUAACAGAAAUUGUCCCAUUUUCUCCUAUAAAUGGAAGCCCAGCCGUCGGAACCAGUGCCGGAAGCGCAAAACUCGGAUCCAGUCGAUUUGCUAGCAGCGCGCCGAGAGGCACGAAGAAAACGCAUCCUCGAAAACUCCAACAAUCGGCUGACCAAGAUAACAGGUCGAGAACACAAUGAACCGCCUGCAGAGGAUUUCACCGUAAAACCACCGGAGGUCAUCUAUCCGGACCCGGAAGUCGAGCGCGAUGAAUACCUGCAGCCGGAACGGCAACCGUUCGCCACUGCCUUACCCGGAGGAUUCCCAUUGGCCAAUGGUGACAUAUUUUCCCUCCUAAACCUGCCUCUCGGUGCAGAUCAAAGUGGCCCUAUGCCCACUCAGCCACCACCGCCACCGGUACCGGAGACGGCACUAGUUAAAUUCCUUCGUACCCGGGUCCACCUGGCCGUGAUGGCCAUAGUCAUCUAUCUGCUGUUUGCCAUCGAUCAGCAACACCUGAUCGGCGGCAAUGUCUUUAUUCUGCUGCUCGGCUGGGAAAUGGUGGAGGUUUUCCUGCUGAAAACCUACGAAACCAGGACGUCCUUUCUGGAUGUCAUCUUUCUGUUGGGAGGAAUUUCCAAAAAGUACUCGCAAAUCAUCCUCAAGUUCAUCCAAACCAUCAACAAGGUGCUGAAGGACGUGGCGUUCUUCGUAUUUUUCUUCGUCCUGACGCACCUGCUGUGGAGCCGGCUGGUGCUGGGGAUCGAGCUGGGGUAUGUCCUCGGGUACGACCAGCUGGAAAAAGGGCCGGAUGUCGGUUCGUAGGGCGCCAAUCGUCGGUACAAGGGUAAGUCUUAGGGAACUAUUUAUUUAUUCGUUUUGAUCGUGGUG